AUUCAACACGUAUUAUCAAUGUUUUUAUUGCUUUCAUACAGUUAUUCAUUAAUUUCUCUCUAAUUUGUGCUAAAUGUUAACUCCUUACAAAAAAAAUGGACAAUAGCAUAGCAUUAACAAUGGAAAAUGUUUUGAGAAACGAUACAGCAUGUAGAAUAUGCUUAGUUCAGGGCGAGGGCAUGCAAGCCCUUUUUGUUGAAGGGACUGGUAUCAUUGAACAGAUAGAAUAUUGUACUGGCAUAAGACUCCUCAACGAACCUACCCUCCCCUCUCACAUCUGCCCCCCCUGCCUCACGCACCUCUCCAUCGCACACUCCUUCAAGUCUACCUGCCUGUCCUCGCACCACACGCUGCACCCGCACACUCAGACGCUGGUCAACACGGAUGUGAAGGUAGAGCGGGACGAUGAUUGGGUGAAGGUGGAAAGGAAGAGUAAGAGGAUCAAGAUGAAGAAGGAGAAAGAAGACAGAAAUAAAAAUCGAAAACCACCCCAGACCCACGAAUAUAUCUACACAGAAAACAAUCAGACAAUGUACGUCAAUAUUGGGAACAGUUUCACAGAACCAAGCCUAUCUUCAACCAGUUCCGAGAGAAUUCCUGGCGACUCAGUCUUACACGAGAAAACACCAAAGAAGAGAUCCAAAAAAGGCUCCGCUGAUGCCUCAAACUGGGAGACAAAUAGAGUGAAGAAAGCCAGAGAAUCCGGGAGAGCGUAUUUGAGUCAGAAGCGCUUAAAAGGUGUAAAAGUCGGAUUUGAAACUAGAAAGGAGCGUAAAAUAGGACCGCCUUGCUAUUCUAGCUUAUGUCGUAAAAGCGUGAAGCGAAGAUGCGACAUUAUAAAGGAUAAAGACAGAAAAUACUGUUUUAACAAAUUCUGGGGGUUAAAUUGGACAGAUAAAAAGCAAUACGUUAUAGAUUUAGUAGAUGUUACUAAUUGUAAUAAUAAAAAGGUGAAUGGCGAGUCGAGAAGAACUAAGACUAUUAAGUAUAAUUUGGAGGUCAAUAAUGAGUGCUGGCCGGUUUGUAAGAAGAUGUUUUUGAAUACGUUGAGUGUGGGCGAGAAGACCGUGUUAGGUUGGUUGGAAAAAGCUUGUGAGCAGGCCAUGAAUAACACGAAUCCAGAGCCAGACCCCGACCCCGAGCCAGACCCGCCCAGCCCUGAGCCAGACAUCAAACCUCCUAAAUGCAAGCGGACUUACAAGAAGUCCAACGGUCGGAGAAUUAAGAAAUUCAAGUUUAAGAGGCUGUGGUGUGAUGCGUGUGAGAUAAAGUUUAAUUCGAAAGACGAAAGCGAUGCUCACAGGCUUGCUAAGCACCCGGAGGACCCUUGGAUGUGCGAGAUAUGCGGCAAAGUGUUCGCGCACCGCGGCUCCCACUACACGCACGUGCGUUCACACCUGCCUCCCCUCCACGGCUGCGCGCACUGCGACUACAAGACUUGGCACCGCCACGACCUGGUCAAGCACCUCCGUAUUCACGCUGGUGUGAAGCAAUACCAAUGCACACAGUGCGCGCGGACGUUCCACACGUCAUCCAACCUGGUGUCGCACGUGCGGCGUCUGCACGACCGUGCGCGCCCGCACCAUUGCAGCCAGUGCCAGCGGCGGUUCUUCGACAAAACUAAACUGAGACGGCAUAUGGACAGCCACAACGACGUCAAACGGUUUGAAUGCGAGGUCUGCCACUCAUGCUUCACCCGGCGCUGUUACUGGAAGAAGCACCUCCAGAAGAUGCACGGCAUCACGGUGCCGCCGCAGCGGCCAGGCCGGCAGAAGGUCAACUUCCUGGUGGGCGAGGAGCUCAUACGGGACAGUACGGACUCCAAGUGUGAGAAGAGUGCGUUGACUUACUCCCUCGCACCCCGCUCUGAGUAGCUCCAGAGCUCCGCCUUUAAAAUGUGUUCAAAACGCGAAAGAUUUAACUUCUAGCCGCCCACACGUCAAACCUUGCCAAGCAAAAUGAAAUUUUAUUUUGUCAACACAAAGUUCAAAUUAGAAUGGUACAGGAGACCUUUUUAUAGGUCUCUGGGCGGCUAGAGGAUAAAUAUUUUAAUGAGUUCAUUUAACACUUAAUAAUGGCUGAGGUGUUAAAUGAAACUAAAACCUGUAUUUUAACCAAAUUUGCUGUGUUAGCUUCGAUAAAGGUAGAAAAUACUAAAUGAGAAGCAAUAAAGAAAAGUUAACUGCAAUAAAAAGUCUAAGAGUUAACGCAGAUUAAUCUAAUUUUUUUUACUAAAAUUCUAAGGGCCACUUGCACCAUCCCGCUAACCCAGAGUUAAGCGGUUAAACCGGUAAACCAGUGUCAAAUUGUACUGGUAACCAUGGUAACUCCAAGUUUAACCAGUUAACCCCGGGUUAGUAGAAUGGUGCAACUGGCGCUAGAUAGUUUAUUAUUAAACAGUCUAUAUUAUUAUAUUCAUUUCUUUUUCUCUUACUCUUUAUUAUUUGUAAAUAAUUAAAUAAAAUACGUCGCACGGUUAUAUAAGCCGCUGACGGUGAUGAUUAGGGGAAAGUCAUUGACAUAGAUAUCUAGGGUCUGGCUUUACGGGAAAUAAUAAUGAGGCCUGACAGGGGCCAGUACAGCGGUGUGACACCGCUACAACGCGAUUGGUUGAUGAGUUCGCAUCACGCGCGCGAUUGGUCGCAACUAGUGCGUUACACUGCACGAUUGGCUCGAAUUCGUGACUGACAGUGACACCGCUGAACUAGUACCAUUUU